CAAACACACGGUUUCUACAGCCGAAUCGUUGAAAAUCGUUACUGUAUAAUUUCUACGACUCGCAGUACACAUCACAGCACCGCAGGGUGAACAACACAGUAAGAUUACAACACAGCGAGUGAUUUAAAGUUAAUAUUUAAUAUAUUCAUUAGUAACGAGUGGAUAAAACGAUGUCUGCGCCCGACGGAGAAAAUGGUGUCUUUCUAUUCAUGGAUGAGGACGUGCUUGAAAACGAUUCGGAGGAAGUUUAUCAAUUUUACAAGUUCGAGAAUGAAUUAAUGUUUCUGAAGAAUACAAUUGAUUUCAAGAACGAAAUUAAAAGACUAGAAUUCUUAGUUAAACUAGAUUCAUUAAUUGAAGCUUGGGAGGGGAAUCCUCCAGAUCUUCGAAAAAUUUUUGGAGAUGGAGAAGUAGAGUUACUCAUUUUUGAUUAUAUACCAAACAGGAUGAAACGAAGAUUAAGUUGGGAAGAAAGUCAAGCAGCUGCACGAUUCAUUCGUUUUGUUAUCGACGCUGGCUACAACAACGAGCCCAAAUUGGAAAACGACCAGGUAACAUCGGUGCGCGGCACAACGCCGAUUCAUCAAGCAUACGAAUUCGGUUAUUAUAACGUCGUCGAGGAUCUGUUUGAAGUUUACAACCGAUUUGACGUCACCUACAUCGACGAUCGGGGAAUGACGCAUUUCCAUAUAGCCUGUAAUCAUGGCAGAAUCGACAUCGUUUCGAAAUUCCUCGAGGCGCCCGGUCGCAAUAUCGAUUGUCAAAGUUACACCCUGACGCCGCUGUGUUUGGCACUGCAGCAAGGCCACACGCGCGUGGUCGAAGAGCUGCUGAAAAAAGGUGCCAAUCCGAAUUUGGAACAUCCAAAAAAAUCAACUCCUCUGCACUUCAUUUGCAAGAAGAACAAGUACACAAAUUUGGCGGAAGUUUUUGUCGAGCUCUGCGACAAGUUCUCCAAGGAGAAUCCAGUACGGAUCGAUAAACAGGACGAGUCGGAUCGGACGCCGCUGCACUGGGCACUGCAGCACAGCGAUGCCUCGACGACCACAAUUGAAUUUUUACUAAAAAGCGGCGCCGAUCCCAAUUCGGUCGACGCAGAAGGAUCGACUCCUCUGCACAUUAUCUGUCAAAGGCAGGAAUAUAAGGAUGAUAAGUCGGCGGAACUUUUCUUCAAGAUAAUGGACGAUCGGCAACAAACGGUGCAGAUCGACGCUAAGGACAACUCGGAACGGACACCCCUUCAAUGGGCCGUGGCUAACUUCCUACCGAGUGUGGUAAAAAUUUUGCUGGACCAUUGUGCCGAUCUGUCCAACUUCUGUUUUCCGGAAGAGUCGCACUUAAAAGAAAUAGUUAGAGGCUAUGAUGGUAAAAAAUUCCAAAUGCCAAUGCAUAAAUUAAUUUUUGCAUCUAGAACUUUGGAAACUCUUCACAUACUGAAGUUAAAGGGAUAUCAGUUGGAACAAGACGAUGCCAUGAAAAUCAUGAAGGUUUUUGCUAAAUUUAAAAUGUUCGAGAAGUCGGCGGAUAACGUCGAUCCAAAUUGGUACGACCGCGAUAGUGCUUUCGCGAAGAAAGCGAAAAAAAUAAUGUUCACAGGGCGAUUGUCGCUCUACAGCUUGAUUCGGUCCCAGUACGUGCAGGAUUAUGCGGAACGACUGACUUACGAAAAUUAUACCGAAUUCGUGCGCUCAUCCGGAUGGGAUGAACUGUUGUUGACGAGACUUUGGCAGAUCUGUGACGUGCGACUGUGCGAAAGACUCUUGGCAAGAUUUUUCCAAAAUUGGUCAUUGAAACCUUUUAUGAAUUUAACGCAGCGCCGAUUACCGGAACUGUGCUCCGAAAUGGUGCUCGAGAAGUUGAACGACGAGGAUUUAUUCAACAUUUGCUUUGGGGCUUCGGGACAAAGUCCCGAACUGUUAACAAAUGAACCUGUCAAUAGUGUAAAUGUCGUUUUGUGAGUGUUAAAAUGAGUUUUUCAAUUUGUUUUUACAUUAAAUAUUGUAGCUUUGUUUUGCCUUUUCAAAACUUUUAAAAUCUCAAAAAACCGACUUAUUCGGCUUCAACAGCUCAAAUAACACUGAAUUUCAACGUUUUUUUGCUUAUCAUUGCCUUAAGUAUUGACUUACAUAUUUAUUUCAAAAUAUGAAGAAGUAGUUAAAAUGUAGUUAUAAAUGUUCAUAACUUGUAUUAUGAAAAAUAAUACAAACAAAAUAAUGCAAAAAUAAUUUUUAUUUAUAACUGUUUAUAAGUAGAACUCUCUAGCGAAACAAUUACGUAUUAACAUAUAUAAAUUCACAUUUUUUGUCAAGACACUCAAAUGUAUUUUAGUCGUAGUUAUAACUAAAAUGUUUUUAAGUAAUGGCUUUUGUAUCGUAAGAAUGUAAUUUGAAUAAGCUAAUAAUGUUUAAAAUGUUUUACCUGAACUCGACCAAAGGUACACUUUGUACAGUCGUACGAUAAAUUAUAAAGUCAAAAAAUGUAGGAUUAUCAAUUGUAAUAGAUUUCUUCAAACAUGAAAAAUAUUGCUUCGAUGUAAUAAACAUUUGACAUAACACCA